GACCCGAAAACGGAAUUCGAAGUACGGAACCCAGCACUCUUUCUAGUUCUGGCACGAAUUCUAAAACCUCCAGCUAGGGUUCAUCAUUCACGGUGUAGAAAAGCUAUCGUCCGACCAAUCCUAACGUAUUUUGUUCCGAUUGCUACUCGAAAGACUAUAUAGAUAUACAUUUAUCAGGGGAAAUGGCGGAGGUGAUUUCAAUUAUGGACAUCGACGAUGAACCCAAUGACGUUAACGCCAAUUCAAAGCUCAACAAGGGCAAAAGUAUAGUCUUCGCGGUCGACUCUAAAGCUACGCCUUGGGUCGAAAAGUAUCGUCCUCAGUCUCUCUCGGACGUCGCCGCCCAUCAGGACAUCGUUGAAACCAUUGACAGGCUUGCGAGUGGCAACAGGUUGCCGCAUCUGCUGCUGUAUGGUCCUCCAGGGACUGGGAAGACCUCCACAAUUCUUGCCUUGGCUCGGAAGCUUUAUGGAGCACAGAUGCACAAUAUGGUUUUAGAGUUAAAUGCUUCUGAUGAUCGUGGGAUUGAUGUUGUCAGGCAGCAGAUUCAGGACUUUGCGAGUACUCAGAGCAUCUCCUUUGGUGCAAAGUUCCCUGUAAAAUUGGUGCUGCUGGAUGAGUCUGAUGCAAUGACAAAGGAUGCACAGUUUGCUCUGCGCCGAGUGAUUGAGAAAUAUACAAAAAAUACAAGGUUUGCACUGAUUUGCAACAAUGUCAACAAGGUGAUCCCCGCUCUACAAUCACGGUGUACACGGUUCCGGUUCGCACCUCUUGAUGCUGUUCACAUAACUGAGAGGCUUAAACAUGUUAUCGAGUUGGAAAGACUUGAUGUACCGGAGUGUGGUUUGAAAGCACUUGUGCAGCUUAGCAAUGGUGACAUGAGAAAGGCUUUAAACAUUUUGCAGGCAACACAUAUGGCUUCUCAGCAGAUUACAGAAGAGGCCGUAUAUUUGUGCACUGGACAUCCAUUGCCAAAAGACAUCAACCAAAUUGCUCAUUGGCUUCUAAAUGAGACCUUCACUGAAAGCUAUAAACGGAUAUCGGAAAGUAAAACAAGGAAAGGAUUAGCUUUGGUAGAUAUUGUACGAGAAGUAUCCAUGUUUGUCUUCAUGAUCAAGAUGCCACCAGAUGUGCGUAUUCAACUGAUCAACGAGAUGGCUGAUAUUGAAUAUAGAUUGAGUGUUGGUUGCAAAGAUAAGUUACAGCUUGGAUCAUUGGUUGCUGCUUUCACGAGGGCAAGGUCCGCACUGGUUGCUGCUGCGAAGUAGACACUGAUUUUUGAAACAUAAUUUAUAUGGUCUUCCAUUGGGUAAAUUGACAGACCAGAAGUAGGCGUCUUUUUUUAGAAUGCUAUCGUAAGUGAUGUUUUCAUUGGUGUAACUGUGUAAGCUCUCACGCUUGUAAUUUUAGACAUCAUAUUGACAUAUUGUCCUUCCACCUCCACUUCAAAAGGAAGGUUAUGGACUUGUGGGCUAAAACGACUACUGAUUUUUCAUUGAUGUGAUUGGAAACAUACAAGCGGACAAAGGGACUAGAGAGGGGUAUGUAAUGGAAACAUACAUUGAUAAAACUGGUCUAAUGUUUAUAAUUUAGUUGUGAUUUUUUAAAUAUCAUAACAUAUACUCCGUACUAUUUAAGUUAAAA